AUGAUAUUCCUCGCCUCUGCUGCCAUGGACACAGAGAGCACACACGCCCAAGAUAACGACUAUACCCAGUCGCCUUGGUUGGAUUUGGGCGGUUUCAGCCCUUCCCAACAGUCACCGCCGCUUGAUUACCAUGGAUUUGGGUACGGCAUGCUGCCUUUGGAGUCGGCGUACGGGGUGUCUGUACCACCCCCGUAUGCAUCACUCCCAUUAACUAUGCCCUCGAAUACGUGGCCCAGUAUGAUGUCGACUCACCCUCAGCACCCUUUUCCAGAGGGAAGCGUGCCGCCUGUACCCAUACCGCCAGCGGUAUCGCCAGUCACACAUAACCCACCACCGCCGCCGCCUCCACCGCCGCCGCCUCGCAAGUCAUCAACGAGUAACUCGACACCGCGGAGGACGCUUACGGAUGAUGAUCGUCGGCGCAUGUGCCUGUAUCAUGAAGAGAACAAAACCGCCAAGCAAACAGACAUUGGAGCGAUAUUUGGAGUGGAACGAAGUACGGUGUCGAAAGUGCUACGUCAGAAAGAGAAGUAUCUCAACCCCGAUGAUGGAACACGUUCCCCCAUCAAACGAGCCAAGGGAAGAGUUCCCGAUAUAGAAAAGGCUCUUUCUAAUUGGGUGAGAAACUACCAGCGUCACGGCUAUCCCCUCAGUGAUGAGAUGAUCAGGGAAAAAGCUCUCUUCUUCGCCAACACAUGUGGUAGUUCCGAUGGCAAAGAAAAAGUGUUGAGCACAAGCUGGCUGGAAAAGUUCAAACACAAAAAUAACUUGAUGGGUUUGAAGUCCCGAAAGAGCUCUUUCAGCGCCAAGAGUGAUUCGGAAAGCCCUAGGCGUCUGAGUAUAAACUCGGCGAUAGCAUCUGCCAUACAGUCACCCAGCGUCCUUUCGCCUAUCUCUCCCACGGGGUUUGCUACCCCUUCGCCGUUAUCACCCACCCAGAGCCAGGAGAACUUCGGGCCCGAUAGUCUAUGUGAUCUUCUGGGAGACUAUCAAAACACGCACACUACAAGUACCAUCUCUAUUGAUACCACAUCUUCUGUCUCCGCCAGCGUGACCAGUCCAACAUCAGCACUAGUGGCAGACAGCCCUUUCACCCCCGCUAGUCAAUCACACAACUCAUCUAUGGAUAGCAAUCCGAAUAGACCACGGAGCCAAACGUUCCCUUUCAUUGGUGUCGAUCCCAGUGUUUUGUUACCUGAUGAACAGCCUGAUCAGAUUUCACCUAAGACUGGACCGCAGCAAGCCUCUUUACAGGAAUCACCAAUUAUGGAUGAGUACAACCCAAAGGCUAUUCCUAGCCUCGAUACCUCGUCCAGCACAAUCAAGCGCAACCGCAGCAAUCCGGAAAUCAAGACGAAAUCAAUUUAUCCGCCACUGUUUCCGAAGUCAACUACAGUUUCGCCUGUAAGUUCACCUGGCUCGCCAACCCAGGAUGAAGCUCGGAGGGCCCUAGAAUUGGUGAUGAACUAUUUCGAGCACCAACCCACCGGUCUCGGAGCUCAAGACUAUUUGACCAUUGGAGGGCUAAUGGAAAGGUUGGAACUCGCAAAGUCCCAGCAGACUACGCUCCCUGGGGGUCUUACUCGCAUUGACGAGCAUGACGACGGUCCACAUUUACACAAAAAGCGAAGUAUUCGCAGCCUUGGUUAA